AUUCAAAAAAGUCCUCUCGAGAGAAAUUCUUAGUCAAGCCAAUAACAGAACAUGUUCUCUCUUCUCUCUCACUCUCUUCUUCACACCAUUCCUCUGAAUGCUUCCAAGAAUCUCUUCUCUCUCUCGUUUUCGUCUUCUUCAGCACAUGUGUAUCACCACCUCUAUCUCUUCUCUGUCUUUUCCACUUCACUGUCAUUGCACCAAAGCAACAAACUUUGAUCAUGAAUUUGAGUCCCAUAGCAACAGAACCCAGUUCCUGAAUUCAUUGAGAAACCAAUUCCAAUCAGGUAAACUGAACAACAUUCAUCAAGCUUUGAACUUUUUUCAUAUUAUGUCUAGAAUGAACCCUUUGCCUUCUGUAGUAGACUUUACUCUGUUAUUAGGGUUUAUUGUGCGGAUGAAGCAUUACACUACUGCUAUAUCUUUGGUUAAACAAAUGUAUUCUUCUCUAGGUGUAAAGCCUGAUACUUUUACUCUCAAUGUUGUUAUCAAUUCACUCUGCCAUUUAAAGUUGGUUGCUUUUGGAUUUUCUGUUUUCGGGACUAUGUUUAAACUUGGUAUUGAGCCUUCUGUUGUGACUUUUACCACUCUUGUUAAUGGGCUUUGUGUUCGAGGCGAUGUGGGUCGGGCCGUGGAGUUGGUUGAGCAUAUGGAAAAGAUGGGGUGUCGGUCUGAUGUUAAAACUUAUGGGGUGUUGAUUAAUGGGUUAUGUAAGAUGGGGGAAACUUCUGAAGCUGUUGGGUGGUUAAGGAAGAUGGAAGAGAGAAAAUGGAACCCUAAUGUGAUUGUUUAUAGCGCAAUUAUGGAUGGUUUAUGCAAGGAUGGAUUGGUAUCCGAGGCGUUAAAUUUGUGUUUGGAAAUGAGUAGUAAGGGUAUUCGGCCUAAUCUUGUGACUUACACUUGCUUGAUUCAAGGUCUUUGUAAUUUCAGCCGUUGGAAAGAAGCUGGCUCGCUGUUGGAGGAGAUGAUGAGAACGGGAACGAUGCCGGAUUUGCAAACACUUAACAUUUUAGUUGAUGCUUUAUGCAAAGAAGGUAAAGUUAUGCAGGCGAAAAGUGUAAUUGGGUUUAUGAUUAUGUUAGGGGAAGUGCCAGAUGUGUUUACCUAUAAUUCUUUGAUUGAUAGAUAUUGUUUGCAAAAUCAAAUGAAUGAGGCCACAAGAGUAUUUGAACUAAUGGUUAAUAGGGGCUGUUUACCAGACAUUGUUGCUUAUACUUCACUCAUCCAUGGAUGGUGUAAGAGUAAAAACAUUAAUAAAGCUAUGUACCUCUUGGAUGAAAUGGUUAAGGUUGGAUUCACUCCUGAUGUUGUCACAUGGACCACUCUCAUAGGUGGAUUUUGUCAAGUCGGUAAACCAUUAGCUGCAAAGGAACUGUUUUUAAAUAUGCACAAAUACGGGCAAGUUCCGAAUCUUCAAACUUGUGCCGUUAUAUUGGAUGGACUGUGUAAAUGCCAACUUCUUUCCGAGGCAUUGUCGUUGUUUCGGGCAUUAGAGAAGAGUAAUCUAGAUCUUAAUAUUGUGAUUUAUAGCAUUAUACUUGACGGAAUGUGCGGUGCUGGAAAACUGAAUGCUGCAUGGGAACUUUUUUCCUGUUUGCCUGCUAAAGGUUUGCAAAUUAAUGUUUAUACUUAUACCAUUAUGAUUAACGGUUUCUCUAAACAAGGAAUGUUGGAUAAAGCUGAAGAGUUACUAAUAAAUAUGGAAGAGACUGGAUGCAUGCCUAAUAGCUGCACUUACAAUGUCUUUGUCCAAGGUUUGGUAGCAAAAAGAGAGAUUGCAAGGUCAAUAAAAUACCUUACGGUGAUAAGAGACAAAGGUUUUUCUGUAGAUGCUACCACCACAGAAAUGAUUAUCAACUACUUAUCCGCUAACGAAGGAGACAAUGGAUUUCGAGAAUUUUUGUUUCCAAAAUGAUGUUUUUCAAGAGUUUCAAUAGAUGUGUUUAUUUGAAUUCAACCUUUUAGUUCAUCCCUUUUCUAUGAUCCAAAUGUCAGAACCGUCGGCAUAGCCUUAGACUUCAAAGCUUACGCUUAACUAAAUAGUUUAAAAUCAUUACCAUUGAAGUGCUUCCGCCUGACAAUUUAUACAAUCAAAAGAGUUGGCCGGCCUUUAACAGAGCUGCUCCUUGACAUAUUCUCUGGUGGGUAUUUUAAUGCCGUUUGCAAACUUACUAUAACAUAUCUACAACUCAUUGAAAAUGUCUUUUAGAAUAUAUGGACCUAUAUUCAUAGGCUAGGCCUUAUUCUUUGCAUUUGUGGAAUUGAGUAAUUGUUUACUUGGGUAUAUAUUUCCUUGACUUAAAGAGUGUUUCGUGAUGGUCAAGUUACAUUUGGAGGGAAGAAAACGGAAGUUUGCAGACCGAGUUACUCAUCAUUCACAUGAGUAAGGCGCACUACAACCACAGAUGUAGGUUUUUGGAAGGAAUUACUGGAUUGGCUCCACAUCGAGCAAUGAUACUAAUAACUAAUAAGUUAAGAUGUUGCUGUUUUAAGAACUUCACCGGUGACCACUGUCCGGAACUUCACCACCUUCACUGUUUUUUUUGGCCAUUGUGGACCACUAUUGAAGAAAUUAAUCCGACUAUCUUCUUCCCAAUGAGCUCCAAAGUAAAACUCACAAGUUUUUUUUAUCGAAACAACAUCACUGGUGACCACUGUGUCCAGAAUGACCACCUUCUCAUGUGGAAGAUUCUGUCAACAACUACUUUAUCUUCUUCUUUUUCUCUUGAUUCGGUGGUUUGUCGGUAAUGGUGGCAGUGAUUAGAGUCAACAGUGGUGUUCCGGUGAGUUUGUUUGGAUAGUGGUGUAUCCAACAGAAAAAUGCAUUGUGCAUGGAGAGGAGGAUAGAGACCACAUUCCACACAUGUUGAAGAUGUGCUCUGGUUUAAUUUCAGAUCCCAAGGCUAUGCAAUACAUGAGAAAUGAGUGUGGCACACCACCAAUGAUUCUUGAUGACAGUUACUACAGAAAUAUCUUUGGACAACAAGGAUUCGUUAAUAAUAAUAGAUCAUUAAUUAGCAUAUGACAAGAGAAUCAAGCCUUAUGUGAAUAAACAGUUCAGUGUUGUUGCUAACAAACAUCACCAUGAAUUGGUUUCAUGGUGGAAGAAAUGAUGUAAGAUAUUAUGUAGAAAUAAAAGUCUUUGGUUUAGAUGUCUUUA